UAUCAACGGAGACAACCAUGAGAGUUCUAAGCAUUUGUGUAGUAUUUGCAGCCUGUGUGGCUUUAAGUGCAGCCGAACCAGGCGCUGGCACGAAGACUCGCAAGGAAAGUGCGCUGGAAAAGAUCAUGCCACGUCUGCUGUGGAACCUACGACGUGGAGAACACAGCAACCAGGAGAGCGCAAAGCAGCAGCAGCCCAUCAUCUACUAUGUGACGCAACCUGCCUCGAAUUCGGACUCUGACAGGCAUCAGCAUCAUCAGCAUCAUGAUCAUCAUGAGCAUCCCCAUUAUCCGUAUUAUCCGUACUAUCCACCACCACCACAGACACGCCCGCCGCAGCCACAGUAUCCAGGCAUGGAAUAUCUGGGCACUGGUAAUAACGGCGGACCCACCUUCCUGAUUGUCAACCCCAACAACAUGCAGGGCAUCUAUCUGCCCAGUUCCGGCAACAGCUCCAACAGCACGGGUUCCACGCGUAGUGCCCAUGUCCCCUCGAUUGGUGAUCUUUUGCAGGGCUUGAACUUUAAUGAUCUGCUAGAUGGAAGUCUCUUCGAAGACGACUCUGAGGUGGUGGAGGCUGCCGAGGAAGGCAAUGUGCAGGGCCCUGUGAAUGCGCUUGUGAAUGAGCGUCCCGGAGGCGUUCAGGCGGCUGCUGCCCAGGAGGAUGAUAACGAUGUUGAUCUACUCAGCGAAGACGAAAUCGAUGCCUUGGACCGUCAGAACAAUCGUGGCCUGAGCCCCAAACUUCUGUUCUCCAUGCUCAUGCAGGAUAAGCGUCGCAGGCGCAUCCAGGAGGUGCUGGCCGGCAUUUACUUGAGGAACACUCAACUGAAUAGAAAGUGAGCCGUCGAGUGAAUCGAAACAAAUUGAAAUAUUUUUGCGAGGCAGAGAAUAA